CACAAAACUUUGCCUCGGCGGCUGAGAAAGGAGGGAGGGCGGCAGGGAAGGAGAAGCCGGAGAGGCGGCUGCUGCUGCUGCUGCUGCGUGUGCCUCUCGCUUUGUGGCCAAACUGGAGGCUGGAGUCGGGCUGUUUUCUCUCCUCAUGAGCACAUCCAGUAUUAUUUGAAGAAGAAAGCCAGAAAGCUAUGGCAUGCACUCAGACAUGCUGAGGAGCAAGUGAUUUAUCUCCCACGAGAGGAAACUGCUAUUCUGACUCUUGGUGAUAACUUGGUCUCAUCACAAUUUAAUUGCACAGACCAAGUGAUUUCUCAUCAUGAAUCGUGCUUUUAGCAGAAAAAAAGACAAAACAUGGAUGCACACUCCUGAAGCUUUAUCAAAGCACUAUAUCCCCUACAAUGCAAAGUUUCUAGGCAGUACUGAAGUGGAGCAGCCAAAAGGCACGGAAAUCGUGAGAGACGCUGUUAGAAAGCUUAAGUUUGCAAGGCAUAUCAAGAAAUCGGAAGGUCAAAAAACACCAAAGGUUGAGUUACAAAUCUCAAUAUAUGGCGUUAAAAUUCUAGAUCCAAAAACAAAGGAAGUCCAGCAUAACUGCCAGCUCCAUAGGAUAUCAUUUUGUGCUGAUGACAAAACGGACAAAAGGAUAUUCACUUUCAUAUGCAAAGAUUCUGAAUCAAAUAAGCAUUUGUGCUAUGUCUUUGACAGUGAAAAGUGUGCAGAAGAGAUAACCUUAACUAUUGGUCAAGCAUUUGACCUGGCUUACAGAAAAUUUCUGGAAUCUGGAGGAAAGGAUGUUGAAACAAGAAAACAGAUUGCAGGGUUACAAAAAAGAAUUAAUGAAUUAGAAACAGAAAACAUGGAGCUAAAAAACAAGGUGCAAGAUCUGGAGAACCAAUUAAGAAUAACCCAAUUACACACCUCACCACUGCUGCACAUAGAGUCUGAUUAUGAAUGCCACAUGUUUCAAAGACCCUCCACCUUUUUCUGGUGUAGCAAUGAGGAUUCUGCUCCUUGCUUAGAUAUCUCUUCUAUUACAUUCACCCCUGUGAGCUCUCCUGACUCUAGACAGUCAUCUGGACUAUUAACACCGCCACCUUCCAAAAGUGGUCUUCCAAAGCCAGUCCAUGAACACAUCAUCCCAAGACCUCGUGCAGGCAGUGUGACACCUAAAUCACCCUCCACUGACAUCUUUGAUAUGGUUCCCUUUUCUCCCAUAUCCCCUCAGUCAUCAACACCUACUCGCAAUGGCACACAGCCUCCUCCAGUGCCAAGUAGAUCUGCAGAGAUCAAGAGAGACCUUUUUGGAGCAGAACCUUUUGACCCUUUUAGCUGUGGAGCAGGAGAUUUCCCUCCAGACAUUCAGUCCAAACUAGAUGAGAUGCAGCGUCAACGAUGGUACCAUGUUCUGAAGCCUCUAAGCUUUUCAUGUUUCCCAAAUAACUUCAUUAGAAGGAGGGGUUCAAAAUGGGACUGACACUAGAAGGCACAGUAUUUUGUCUUGAUCCUCUAGACAGCCGGUGUUGAUGCCAAGAAGAAAAAAAUGAAAAUAAAAAAAUCAUUUUUUAAAAAAAGUUUUAAAAAUGUAUUACAAACAUUAUAAAUGUGCCAAAAAAAUCAACAUCUUACCUUUUUGUGAGGUUUGCUUCUGUAAAACUCCAAAUAGGUUCCAGUAUUAUCCCUGUACAAAUGUAAAAAAAAAACAAGUCUCACAUGUAUAUGAAACCAAAAUGAAGUCACAUUGCUGUUUUUUCUUUGACUUUUGCAUUUUGGAUGUUGUUACCUGCAAUUUUUUUAGCAAUUCACUGUGUGUUUAUGGCAAGUCCUUUGGAUCAUUCAUGCAUACCACUUUUUGCGUUGUCAGGUGACAUCUGUUGGGACUGUGAUUUGCAAUGGCAACAUAUUUUAAAAGUUAAAUCCCUACAGCUGGUUUCUUAAUUCCAAAACUGAAGGUGAAAUAGUCAUAAAAUAUGGUUACAAAUUGUGACACUGAAGAUAACAGUAUGGGUGAACUGCUAAUACUUCACAAAACAUUUUUGUUAUUCAAUGUGAUUACGGCUGAAUUUCCAAAGCACUUGUGUGUGGCUCUUCUCAUUAGCAGUGUCCCCUUUACCUCCAUGACUGUCUUUUAUGCAUGCAGUUUUCCUUGAUGUAAAAUAUUUGAUGGCAGCAAAUUUUGUACACCUUCAGUUCGUUGGAACUGCUGGAUGCUCUUCCUGUGUUAAAUCGAAGCCAGUGAUAGCAAUGCUUGGCAUCACAUCCAAGUCUUCUUUCAAUACACAAGGAGCUGACCAAAGAGGGAAUUCUCUCUCCAAGACCUACCCCAUAGGAUCUGCCCUCCCAAGACAAAACAAUCAUACUGAUCGGCACCAGGGCACAGUCCUAAUUCACAGACACUGUAGCCCAUUGGGUGAUCAACUAUGUUCAAAAGGAAGGGAUCCCAGCCACUCUGUUACUAAUCAGACAAGUGGGAUCCUAGAUGAGCAAAAGCCAGACAGGCAUAACACUUUAAAACCUAAAGUAUUGAAUCUGUAACUGUAAUCAAAGAUCACUGUACCAAUUUUAUAUUAUUUUGCUAAAAAUGUUCAAGAUUUCCGAUCAGAUAUGCUAAAAGCAAGCUUGUUAAUCGCACUCGGAACAAUGCUUUGCAAUUUCCUAUACCUGUUUUUUAAUGGCCACGCUUGCCUGUUUACAACUGUACAUUUAGUUACAAGCAUGCCUUAUACACACAAGGAUGUUCACGAUUAGGGCACAGUAUAACAUUCCUCAGCAGAGUUACUUGGAUAUCUUGACAUCAGUAAAUUAAAACUGAAUUAAAGCUGAAAUGUGUUUAGGCUGCUGGUGGUUAAGUUGCUAUGCCUAACAGAAAUGCUUUAACCUGAUUGAUAGGUACAUGUCUUUCUUGAAAAGAAGUCCUGGGUGUUUUGAAGUUAGACUUUCUAAAGGAUUGUAGAGUUCUGUUUUCCACAGUUUUAAUGGCCUGGAAGGAGCCUCCGGUGGCCUAGGGGAUAAAAGCCUUGUGACUUGAAGGUUGGGUUGCUGACCUGAAGACUGACAGGUUCGAAUCUCACCCUGGGAGAGCACGGAUGAGCUCCCUCUAUCAGCUCCAGCUCCAUGCAGGGACAUGAGAGAAGCCUCCCACAAGGAUGGUAAACAUCAAAACAUCCGGGUGUCCCCUGGGCAACGUCCUUGCAGACGGCCAAUUCUCUCACUCCAGAAGCAACUCCAGUUGCUCCUGACACAAAAAAAAAUGGCCUGGAAAACAGUCUGCAAAGACAUAAUAUAGUUCUCCUGGAGCUUAGCAGUAAGAUCUGUAAGCGAAUGAAAUAGGAAGUCACGGAAAAACUAUAUACAACUUGCUUGGAGUAAAAAUGUGACGAAUCAGUAAAUCUCAUCCUACUUCCUAAUGUUACAUUUACAGCUGAGUAAUUAAACAGGAAUCAAUUGCUUAUAAAUGGUGGGGAUAGACUCUCUUACUGUGAAUUGUGCACAGCCACCAGUUGCUGGACAUCUGUGUAUUGUUGCCAUGUCUCUGCAUAAAGUUUCCCCUUCCAACUAGCAAUAAGUAAACCAUUUAGUUGUCCAUUUCAUUCCUUCAUCACGUAACAUCUCCCUUCAUGUUUCCAUUCCUGCCAUUAUUUUGCUCAAUGUUUAUUUAAAAAUUACAACAUUUACCUUUGUGAUAAAAUUCUCUCUCCUGUACGGAUCCUUUUGCUGAAAGAGAGAUUAAAGAUGGGGGGAGGGGGGGGUGCAUGGGAGAAAAAAGAGAAAAAUGUGAGAUUAUUUUGUUGGCUUUAUCUUUUGGAAGGAGGAAAAAGAACUAGUUUUUUGGUACUUGGUUUGCAAAAAUAUAGUUUUGAACCGUAUACGCUGAGGUUUACAGAGAUAAUAGAAAGCAUUUAUGCAAUAUUAUUACCUUCUCAAGCUUAGUUCUUGGACAAUGCUUAAGCAGAUGCCUAGAAAGCCUGGAAUUUCCGCUUGCUUUCAAUUGGGCAGCUGCUUAGGUAUGUGGCUCCACUGAGUCUUAACUCUUUUGCAUCGUGUUACGUCUUCCUUCUUUAUUCUUUGGUCAGUGUGCAUGUAUAUCUAUACCUAUGGCCAGAAUCCAAAGAGAUGCAAUGUGUGUGCAAAGUAUUUCUUAACAAAGCUGGAGGAAAGCAGAGGGGCUGUCUCCUUUUUCAGCUGUACACAUUUCAGUGGGUCCCAAACUGCAACUUGAGGAAAAGAAGGACAGUUGACUGCAAAUGAGAGGAGUGAAAACUACCCAUAGGUAUGCAAACCACCACAAGUGACCCUUUGGAUUCUGGUCUCUGUGCCUGUCAAUAUAGAUAUAUAUGAAAUCACGAAGGAGGUAUAUUAGGCUGCAUUUCGUAGAACGAAGUCUAUAAUUUUGUUUGUCAUAUAGUAUUUUGCAAUUUGUACAAGGAUGUUUAGUAGCCAUAUUAAUGGCUUUUUUAAACAAAUAGAAUUUGUAUUUUUAUCGUACUUUAAAGAAAGCUUUACGUAAUAAGCAUAUAUCUAGGGGCCAUUUACUAUGAAUGGUAUUAAAAAAACACUCAGAAACUAUUUGCACAUUUUAAGAAAUCUUUGUUUUACUGAUUUUUAUGGAGAUUGAUUCUGCAAAUUGCUAAAUGUGAUCUAAUUGAUCAGAUCAGUACAAAAACACCUAAAUUAAUUCAACAAGGAAGUACAUUUUUAAAGAAAAGGUUUAGUGCUCUGGUUGAAAUUUGUAUUUCUAUGUAAUCUCAACUUGUCUGUUUUAUUUUGCUUCGAAUAAAUGUUUUAAAUAAU